CACACAGACAAACACAUCAAAUAAGGCAACUAACUUCAUUACAUUGACUGCGUGUUUGGCUUUACGUGUUUCACUUUCUACCUCCUCUGUCACGGAAGACAAAAAAAUAUACGAACAUGAAGAUUUAAGAUCUUCUCCGACGACUUUUUCCUGAGUAAAUUUAACCCUGAAGAAGAGCUACUCUUGAAAUUAGUUUUUGAGAUUUGAUCUAAUGCUGGAAACAGAUUCAGACAAACCCUGAAUGUCUGAAUCCUUCAAAACGACGGUGGAUCCGCUUCUGAAAGACUUGGAUGGGAAGAAAGAGAGUUUCCGGCGGAACGUGGUGUCUAUGGCUGCUGAGAUAAAGCAAGUGAGAGGCCGUUUGGUUUCUCAGGAGCAAUCUUUUGUUAAAGAACGCCUUUUUAGAAAAGACGCAGAGACAAAAGGUAAGAACAUGGAAGUGGAGAUCUGUAAAUUGCAGAAGAAGUUGGAAGAUAGAAACUAUCAGCUUGAAGCUUCAACUUCUGCUGCUGAAAAGUUUCUUGAAGAAGUGGACGACCUGAGAUCACAGCUAGCAUUAACAAAGGAAACUGCAGAAACAAGCGCUGCUUCUGCUCAAUCCACACAGCUUGAAUGCUCAAUGAUAUCACAACAGCUUGACGACAAAACACGUUCUCUAAGAGAACACCAAGACCGUGUAACUCAACUUGCCAACCAGCUUGAUAAUCUCCAGAGAGAUCUAAGGACAAGAGAGUGUUCUCAGAAACAGCUGAGAGAUGAAGUUAUUAGGAUAGAGCGUGAGAUAACCGAAGCUGUUGCAAAGUCAGGGAAAGACACAGAGUGUGAGCUAAGGAAACUUGUGGAAGAGGUUUCCCUAAAGAACUUUGAGAGAAUGAAUAGGCUACUAGGUGUAAAAGACGAAGCGAUUGCAAAACUAAAAGAUGAGAUAAGGUUAAUGUCAGCUCACUGGAAACUAAAGACUAAGGGACUUGAAUCUCAGUUGGAGAAGCAAAGAAGAACAGAUCAAGAGUUGAAGAAGAAGGUGGUGAAACUGGAGUUUUGUUUGAAAGAAGCUCGUAGCCAGACAAGAAAGCUGCAAAGGAUGGGGGAGAAGAGAGACAAGGCUAUCAAAGAGCUAAGAGAUCAGAUUACUGGAAAACAAUGGGAUGAAUCGGUUCCUGGAGAGAAACCAAACUUUUGGGAUACCUCAGGUUUCAAGAUUGUGGUGUCAAUGUCUAUGUUGUUAUUAGUGGUUGUCUCCAAAAGAUGAGUUCUUGUGUGUUAAUUUGAUCUUGCACUCAUUUUUUUGUUGUUGUGUAUGUAGUAGUUGCAGUGCAGAUAGUAGUAGUAGCAGUAGAUAAUGGUGCAUGUACCAUUUUAUAUUUCGUUACCGAGUAGGCAAGGUGUUUAAUAUUUCUUCCAAGACAAAAACAAACGAGUACUAAUGAAAAAUCAUUUAGAAGCC